CCCCGCCCGGCCUCGCGCCCCGCCUCCAGCGCGUCUCGCUCCGCUGAGCGUUUGCGGCCGAGGACAGAGCCGGAAGGGCCGGUGGGUGCUGCCCGCCUCCGUGCUGCCCUCGUCCCCUCUGAAGCGCCCUAGUCCCGCUGCACCCGAGCCCGCGGGCCACUGUCUUGUGGCUGCCAGACCCCGAGACUGAGGCAGACACCGGGGCGACCGCGGCCAGGUCCCCGCGCGGGAACCUGCCGGCGCCCCGAUCCUCUUAGGUCUCCGGCGAGGGCACAGCGGCCUCAGCGCUCUCAGGCUCUCUGGAAGCAGGCCUCUCUGUUCCGCCCCAUGGGGGCACUCUGGGCGCUCUGUCUAGCCUGGGCUGCAGGCCUGGCCUCUACCAGCCCACCGAACAUUGUGCUGAUCUUUGCUGAUGACCUGGGCUAUGGGGACCUGGGCUCCUACGGACACCCCAGUUCUACCACCCCCAAUCUGGACCAGCUGGCAGCAGGGGGGCUGCGGUUCACAGACUUCUAUGUGCCUGUGUCUCUGUGCACGCCCUCCCGGGCUGCCCUCCUGACUGGCCGGCUUCCUGUGCGGAUGGGCAUGUACCCUGGAGUUCUGGGGCCCAGAUCUAAGGGAGGGCUGCCCCUGGAGGAGGUGACCCUGGCUGAGGUCCUAGCUGGCCGUGGCUACCUUACAGGGAUGGCUGGCAAGUGGCACCUUGGGGUAGGGCCAGGGGGCACCUUUUUGCCCCCCCAUCAGGGCUUCCAUCGAUUCCUGGGCAUCCCGUACUCUCAUGACCAGGGCCCCUGCCAGAACCUGACCUGCUUCCCGCCAGCCACCCUCUGUGAUGGUGCCUGUGACCAGGGCCUGGUCCCCAUCCCACUGUUGGCCAAUCUAUCCAUAGAGUCCCAGCCCCCCUGGCUGCCCGGAUUAGAGGCUCGCUAUGUGGCUUUUGCCCGAGACCUCAUGGCUGACGCCCAGCGCCAGGGUCGUCCGUUCUUCCUGUACUACGCCUCCCACCACACCCACUACCCUCAGUUCAGUGGGCAGAGCUUCGUGGGGCGCUCAGGCCGAGGGCCAUUUGGGGACUCCCUGAUGGAGCUGGAUGCAGCCGUGGGGGCCUUGAUGAUGGCUGUGAGAGACCUGGGGCUGCUUGGAGAGACGCUGGUCAUCUUCACUGCUGACAAUGGACCUGAGACUAUGCGUAUGUCCCGUGGCGGCUGCUCUGGCCUCCUGAGAUGUGGGAAAGGGACGACCUUCGAGGGUGGGGUCCGAGAACCUGCUGUGGCCUUCUGGCCAGGCCACAUAACUCCAGGUGUGACCAACGAGCUAGCUAGCUCCCUGGACCUGCUUCCCACUCUGGCAGCCCUGAGCGGGGCCCCCUUGCCCAACGUCACCUUGGAUGGUGUGGACCUCAGCCCUGUGCUGCUGGGCUCAGGAAAGAGCCCUCGGGAGUCUCUCUUCUUUUACCCGACCUUCCCAGACGACAUCCAUGGGGUCUUUGCUGUGCGGAGUGGGAAGUAUAAGGCUCACUUCUUCACCCAGGGCUCCGUGCACAGUGACACCACCCCAGACCCUGCCUGCCAUGCUGCCAGCCCCCUGACUGCUCAUGAACCCCCACUGCUCUAUGACCUAUCUGAGGACCCUGGUGAAAACUACAACCUUCUGGAUGGUGAGGCUGAGGUCAGCCCAGAGGUGCUGGGAGUGAUGAAGCACCUUCAGCUGCUGAAGGCCCAGUUUGAUGCAGCCAUGAUCUUUGGCCCCAGUCAGGUGGCCCAGGGGGAUGACCCUGGCCUGCAGAUCUGCUGCAAGCCCAGCUGUACCCCCUAUCCAGACUGCUGCCACUGCCCAGAGCCUCAGCCCUGAAGCCCACGUCCAUGGGAAAUUCCCCAAGACCCCUGGCCAUGGGCAAAUCAAGAUUGGGCACUGUGAAGGGUGGGGUACAGGUGUAUAGAGUUUGUAUUAAUAAUGUAAUUACACCAGCUGAGACUUGCAGGUGUGAUAAUUCAUCUCUUUGCUGUAACUGUGAGGUCAGUGCUGCAACCCUGUGUUCCAAGUGAAGAAACUAAGGUGCAGAGAAUUGAGGGAUUUGUCAAAGGUCAUUCAGCCAGGAGGAGGCUGUGCUGGAAUUUGAGCCCAGGAGUCCUGCCUCCUGCUGCCCCACCCUGGUGAUCCAUGUCAGUGUGUGCACAUGUCAACCUGGAGUCUGGACAGAUCCACACAGGAGCAGUAAGUGCAGGAGUAAGGGUGGGGCAAGGGCUAAAUAGCAUAGUGGCCACAGACCAGUGACAAUGCAGAGCUCCCGGGACAGGCAGGUUUUCUUGGAAGAAGCAUUCUCUGAGGCACGGGAACUGGCCUUCUAAGUUCUUAUCAGAAUCCUGUCUGGACCAGGUAAUGAGCCACCCAUUCCAGGUGGGCAAGGAGGGGAAAGGGAGGCCCUGCUGUCUCCUAGGAAGGCAACCCUGAGUCAGCCCCUUGGGGCCUCUUCCCCUCUCAAGCUCUGCAUUUUGCCUAUGCACAUACUUCCUGUCUCCUGGUUUCACCUUUGAUCCAAUACUAGCCAUCUUCUGCCAGGUAGACAAAAUGAUGUCUUAAGGACAUCGGUCUGGCUGGGUUCCAUCAUGCUGAGAAUAAAACCCAAACUCUGUUCAGUGGCCUCCCCUAUUCUCAGGGCCCCACAGAACCUCACUGCCCUUCAGGCUUCGCAGGCUGACUGACUGCCCCAGCCCUUGUUCUGCCUCCAUCACUGGCUUCCUCUGUAGAGAGGGUUCUUCUGACCACCUGCCUGUGAUUGCACAGCUUAGCAUACAGGUAUCAGUACCUGCCCAGAUGGCAUGUCACAUGCCUGAUGACCCUCAGUGCUAGCCAUGUGGGUACAGUGUCAUCUGGCUGUGCUGAUAUGUUGACAUGGUGGACUCUGUUUUCCUUACUAAUGAAUCCCCACAUUUUUCAGAGGUAGGUGGAGGCACUUUCACCUCCAGCAUACAGCCUCUCCUUGAUGCAUGAGGGCCAUGACCAGUCUGAGCCAGUCACUACCCCAUGAUUGGUCCCAGUAGUGAAAGGUGGGGGGCAGUUCUCUCCAUGAAGUCCUGGCUGUGGCCAAGUCACUGGCCCUCAAUGGGCAUUGUGCAGCUGCUAACCCAGAGUCUGCAGCUGCCUGCUGCAGAGCACUGAGUGUGAGGAAAUAAACCCUGCCUAUCUAAACCACUGGCCUUGGUGGAAUGAGAUCUGAAUGGGGUGUGGUGUGUGUAUGUGUGUGACUGUGAGACAUAAUCUAGGUCGUUUCCACUCUGGUUGAGGAAUGUGCUGACCACACCCCCAAGGCCUGCUGCAUCUUGAUGGCCCCACCAGCCAGUGAUGCUGGCCCAGAGAGGGCCCACAUGCGUUGGUGGAUGCCUCGGUUUCUGAUGAACACAGAGAGGAACUGAAGCAAAUCCUGAUCCAGGUAUCGCAUCAAAAGAACAAAUCCUCCAGCAAAACUAAAUGAAUAUGAAUACUCGGGCACACGGUGCAGGGCCCUGCCCCAGCCUCCUUCACUGGGGUGGUGUGACUGCAGUACUGACCUCCACGUCCAUUCACCAUCCAUGCAGCACUAGGGUGAAGUGGCAUCUGAGGAGAACCCCUCCUUUCCACAGUACUUCCUGUCUAGCAGAAGAGGCCAGCUUAACUCUCUCAGAUGCACAUGGGACUCCAGUGCUAUAAGAAUCAUACCUCUUGUAGGGAGAAAAUCCAGAUGUUCUCUAUAUUACAGGCUGGUGACGUGGGACACACAUAUGAGUAAUGUGAUCAGGCUGUAUACUUAGGAUAUGCAUACCGAGUCAUGUCACUAUAUAUUUUAUUCAUCAAUAAAAAUCUGUAAGAAGUGCUUCAAA